AUGUCACGCAACCGUCCAAUAACCUACAUCGCCAUAAUCGCCGCCUUCAUCUUCUUCUACUCAUACUUAUUAUUCCCAUCGUCGUCAUCACGAUCAGCGUCGCCGUAUAAUUCGCCUGAACAGAGUUCUUCAUCAUCGUGGAAAGGGAAGGGAGAUGGAUUAUUAGAUAGUAGUGGUGGUGGUGGGGUAUUUCGGACGCCACCGAUGAAUGCGCCUGGAGAGGUUAUUAUGCCGAAGUUGGGGAAUGAGACUAUCAAGCAGGAAUUGGGAAGAGCGUCUUGGAAGUUACUACACACCAUGCUGGCACGAUUCCCCGAGAAACCAACAAUGGAUGAACGAGAAGCCUUAAAGUCUUAUCUCUAUCUUUUCGGACGGUUAUAUCCUUGUGGUGAAUGUGCAACCCAUUUCCGUCUCCUCCUCCAAAAAUACCCUCCACAAACUUCAUCCCGAGACGCAGCUUCCCAAUGGGGUUGCGUAGUCCACAACGUCGUUAACGAACGUUUAAGAAAACCCAUCUUCGACUGUGGUACCAUAGCCGAUAAAUACCACUGCGGAUGCGCUGAAGAAGAUGAAAAGAAAAGGAAAUUAGAAAAGGAAGGGAAAGCAGAGGGUUCUGGUUCCGAAUUGGUUGAGAAACAGAAGGUUGUGGAUAGAGAUGGGGAGGAAGAAGGGGAGAUGAAGUUGGUUAAGGAGGGGUGA